AUGGCGCUGCGGCGGCGGCGGCGGGGGCUUCUGCUCUGCGCGCGGCUGCCCGACUUCUUCCUGAUGCUGCUCUUCAGGGGCUGCUUGAUAGGGGCCGUCAAUCUCAAAUCCAGCAACAGAUACCCAGUGGUACAGGAAUUUGAAAGUGUGGAGCUGUCUUGUAUCAUCACCGACUCACAGACAAGAGAGCCCAGGAUCGAAUGGAAGAAGAUUAAGGAUGCCCAGACCACAUACGUGUUUUUUAACAACAGAAUUCAGGGGGACUUGGCAGGCCGAGCGGAGCUGCUGGGGAAAACCUCUCUGCAGAUCUGGAACGCAACCAGGAGAGACUCUGCUCUCUAUCGCUGUGAGGUGGUUGCUCAAGACGAUCCCAAAGAGAUGGACGAGAUCGUCAUCGACUUGACUGUGCAAGUGAAGCCAGUGCCUCCAGUGUGCACAGUACCAAAGGCGGUGCCCGUAGGCAAGAUGGCCACGCUGCACUGCCAGGAGAAGGAGGGCUUCCCCCAGCCCCACUACAGCUGGUACCGCAAUGAUGCGCCGCUGCCCAGGGACUCCCGCGCCAACCCCAGAUUUCAGAAUUCCUCUUUCCUCAUUGACUCCAAAACGGGCACUCUGGUGUUCAGCGCGGUUCGCAAGGAGGACUCCGGGCAGUACUACUGCAUGGCUUCCAACGACGUCGGCUCGGCCAAGUGCGAGGCGCAGGAAAUGGAAGUCUACGACCUGAACGUGGGCGGAAUCAUCGGGGGCGUCCUGGUGGUCCUGGCAGUGCUGGCCCUCACCACGGUGGGCAUCUGCUGUGCGUACCGACGCGGCUACUUCAUCCACAAGCAGGACGAGGAGAGUUUCAAGAAUCCAGGGAGGCCCGACGGAGUUAACUACAUCAGGACAGAUGAGGAGGGCGACUUCAGACACAAGUCGUCGUUUGUGAUCUGA